AUGGCAGACCCCUUGUCUAUCGCUGCCAGUGUUGUUGGACUUGUUGCAGCGGCCGUCCACGUGAGCAAGGCCAUUUCAGAGCUGCGGCACCUCGGUGAGUUACCGAGGCGCAUCUACACCUUAAAGAACGAGGUCAGUGACUUUGAAGCGGUGUUACGUCAGGUCGAGGAUGCACUCAAUCAGCAGACUUUGGUCCCGGACAAUGAACAAGGAUCGCUCGAACCAAUAUUGAAUAGGACCAAGGGCCAUCUCGCAGAUCUCGUAAAGGCCCUUCACCGUUUCGAAGACGCCUGCAAGGGAAGCAAAAUCAAGAUCAUCGCCAACAGCGCCAUCUGGCUUAGAUAUAGGACAAUAUUCCAACGCUCUCACGAAGAUAUACGCUCUGUCAAAACGACUUUGGCUUUGAUGCUGGGGGCCUCCAACUCGUAA